UCUGUCUCAUACAAUGUACUGCAAUGACCGGGUCUGGACGUACAAGUUAUAAAAAAAUAAAUAUGAGUUUUGUUAGUUAAUUAUCCGUGUCAAAUAAUUGCUUAAACAACAUCCAUUAGUGGUCGGUGUUAGUGUUAAAAAUAGUCAUUAAAACUGGAUAGUAAUCGUUUCCGUCCUCAAGUGCUGCUCGGAUUUGUGUGACUCAUAAGAAAUAAAUCUAAAAGUAACUAUUUUCAUACAAAUAAGCAGGAAAAAACAGACAGUAAUGACAAAAAGACGUGAUGAAUUUUCAACGCACGGUCUGUCUUCUGCUGUGCGCAUGGGCAGUGGCGGCAGAAGUCUUGGACUUUGAAGACAAAAGCCCCAAUGACUUGUGCUACAUCUGCUCGUGUAACGAAGGACAUACAGAAAUAGACUGUUCUCGGAGAGGACUGCGUGAUCUUCCUGGUGGCCUUAAUGCAAAGGUCAAAAAACUGAACAUAUCAAACAAUGAAAUCACCACUUUUCCUGAAGGACUAAGCAAACUCUCUAAUUUGAUCAAAUUGGAUAUUAGUGGGAACCGACUCACGGAACUGCCUAAAAAUGGACUUUCAAACCUCUCGGCUCUGGAAGAACUUAAUUUGUCAAGAAAUUACUUAGAAAACUGGAUAACCAUGAGCCCCAACGAUUUUCUUGUUCCAGCUGUGCAUUUGAAAGUAUUAGACUUGUCUUAUAAUAGAUUCAAAUCUAUGGACAAUUUAGCAAAAAUAGAAUUGUUGAUAAGCUCCUCGCUAGAAACCUUAAUAAUGGACCAUUGCGAGAUAGAAUCAAUAUCUGGAAAUUCUAUGCUAAGUGGCUUAGGUAACAUCAAAGUCUUGAAACUAAAUUAUAAUCCUUUAGUAACACUACAAGGCUUGAUAUCGCCUACACUAAGAAGUUUAUAUGUCAACAAUUGCCAGCUUACAUCAAUAGAACAAAAUGAACUAUCAUAUUUACCAUCUUUGAUCCAUUUGCUGAUGGCACAUAACUACCGACUGGAACUCGCAGACUUACACUCCACAUCAUUAAGGUUUUUAGAUAUAUCCUAUUGUAAUGUUUUACGACCAAACCUUAACGGUUUUCCUAAUUUAAAAAAAGCUAUUGUAAAUCAUAAUAUGAUUAGGUUUUUACGAAGCUAUGAAUUUAUAAAUAAUACCAAAUUAGAGUAUCUGGACUUAUCUUACAAUAAUAUUGGUUCAAUAAAGGUUGAUACUUUUCGGGGACUAGGUUUAUUGAAAUACUUAGACCUAUCAUGGAAUGAAAUAGGGAUGAUUCCAGAAGGUGCUUUGUUAGAGAUGCCUUCUUUGAGUCAAUUAAAACUAGCAAGGAAUUAUCUAAACCAGGUUGGACAUAUAAAAUCCACCUCACUCACAACAUUAGAUAUGAGUGCUUGUGAAAUUCAUACGAUAGGUAAAGAUUCACUAGAAGGCUUGCAAUCACUUAUAGACCUAGAUUUAUCGCGUAACUUACUAUCUCAUAUCCCUGAUAGUAUUUCGUCUAAUACAUUGAAGUACUUGAAUUUAAACUACAAUAGACUUUCCAUGGUUAACAAUUUUACAUUUUUCAUGCUUCCGCGCUUGACAGGACUAGCUGUAGUUGGAAACCGAUUCACAAAUGUCUGGAAUAAGGCUUAUUUUGACUCAAACCUUUAUUUGGAGAGACUGGACUUAAGUGACAAUAUGUGGAGGUGUGAUUGUAGAGAUGCAAACAUGUAUGAUUUUUUUGAAUUCGUUACUUUAGAACCCUUCAAAAAAGAAGAAUCAUACAACCUUGUAUGUAGCAGUCCAGUAAAUGUUAUCGGACAAGCUUGGUUGGAAGCUUGUUACUUCAUAUGGUAUCCCACCCAAAAUGUCGCAAAUGCAGAUAGUUUGAUUUGGUUUAUCGUUGUCAUGAUAACAGGAUUAGCCUUGUGUAUAUUAUUGGUCAAUUGUAUAAGAAAUUCAAUGAAACGGAGGUUGCGUGCUAUUCAAGCAGAAAGAGAAAGGCAGGUGGAAGAAGCAAGAGAUCGUUUGAGGCAACUAAGACUGCGGGCUGAGCAAGAAUCCUUAAUUAAUGCCCCAGAUCCUCGAGAUUUGAUUGCACCACCUUCCUAUGACGAAGCUCUCACCAUGCCUAAGCUAAAUUCCUCAACACAUUCCCUUUGUGAUGCCGGAACCGGGAAGACUAAGAAACGGAGAGGUCGCAGAAAAACUAAAUCCAGCGGGGAUUUGCUGGAUGAAACUGAACGAAAUGGAGAUUUGCCUGUGUUUGAAGACACAGAACUAAGUGAGACGCCAGAUAAUAAUAGGAGGAGGCGACGACGGCCACCAAGACGGUUUGGUAGCCAUGAAAUAGCUGAACUUGAGCACUCACCGGGGGCUCGUAGAAGACAAGUGUCAGAAUACGAAGCUGGAGAUGACUCUGUGACCAUAGAAAUAGAAGCAGAAAUGGAAAGACCUAGGAAUCGCAGGCAUUCUGGCGGCGACGAACCAAGGGAGAGUAAUUUUUAAAAUUGUGUAUAAUACUUGUUAUUUAUACCUAUGUUAGGAAUGUGUCCUUGUUGUUAUGAUUAAUCAAUGUUCCUUUUUACACAUUAGAAAAAUAAAUAAGAUCGAUUCCA